AGCCGAGGGUUCAGUGUAUUGCUCAGGUACACUUUGACACGUGACACGUCCCAGUUGAGGAUCGAAUCGUUGACCUUCCGGUUCCCAGACAACCCUCUUAACCCAGUGAGCCACGGUCUCCCCCCAAAAAUUCUAAAUUAUGGUCCAUUUAGAGUCAAAUAGACCAUAAAGCAGAGUAUGCUUUAGGGCGGGCCACCUUUUGAUUGGCAGGUCGCUAUCACAGCGUUGUCCAGUCUGGGAGAUGUCCGUGUUUCCGUCUUAGAAGUUUAACCCCUUUCAGUCGUGUUUUUAGUUCAUGAAAGCCAAUUGUAACAAAUUGGUCACCUGAAAAUGUCUUAUUCAGCGUUCGGUUGUACCUGGCUCCACCCUCUCGCUUCACUUCUGGUUGCAAAAAACCAAGAUGGCAAAGGCCAUAAACCAAGAUGGUGAAGGCCAAAAUGUGUCGAACCCGAGGCUUCAAAAUAGCAGUCUGCAAACCAAUGGGUGACGUCACGGUGACUACGUCCACAUCUCAUAUACAGUCGAUGGUGGAUGGCGCAAUUUGUCAGCCAGCCUGAAAACUUGAAACCUUUUCUUUUUUUUUUUGCACAACUGCACCUCUCCUGUUACUGCUCUCUGCUUUUGUUGGCCAGAUUUGCGUCUGCCCCCCCUCACUUAUCUGUUUUUCAAGGACAGCAGGAUGACUGUAAAUCUUUCUAUCUUUCCUCUUGUUAUUGAAAAAAAGUUUUCUGUUGGUUGAAAACAGCUCUGAUUUUAUAACAGUUUUUUUUGGAGCAGAUUUUUAUCCAGCAACAUGGUGUUUAAUUCAAUCAGACUCUUUGUUCGAACUUUUCUUUCAGCAUUUUUCACAUUUUCUGGGCUAAAGUGGAUUACACCCUUCCAUCGUCACUGUGAUUUGUGGUCAGACGCUCCUCUGUUCUUGGAUUCUUGGAGGAGUUUAAUUGCAGCAUUUCUUUGGUCUGCCGAGUCUUCCUUCAGGGUUUUCUCUCCGGCUGUGUUUUUCCUCCAUUAGAAGAAAGAAGUCUGAGCUGUCUUCCCCAAACUCUCCUCGCGCUCCUCGACAUGUAACAGAUUACUCUCCCUGUUCAGCUCCUCCUGCAGUCUUUCCCUUUCUCUCCUGUGUGUGUGUGUGUGUGUGUGUGUGUGUGUGUGGUUUCUUUUGGGUUGGAGGAGGGGAGGUUUUGAUUUGCCGUGCAGUCGAACGAGGGAGGUCGUCUUUCAGACCAGAUAUGGAGGCUGAAAGGAAAACUCUUCUCAACACUUGGAAACUUUACUUAUUGUGCUCCUGAUCAAAGAGGAUAUCAACUCGGGAGGAGAUCUAUACUUUCCGCGUCAUGCUUGAGAAGCUGUUUGCUCUUUUUUGCACGGUUUUGAGGAGGCUCUACCUGUGAAUGAAUUGCAUGGAUUGUUUUUUUCGGCUACAAAGAACAAAUAACCAGAUGAUUACAUCAUCAGGAUCUGCUGUGUUUGAGCUUAAAAGCGUGUGGAUUCUGGGUUCACCUCCGAAAGUAACAACAUACCUACACUGAACAUAUGAGGAGUUUGGCUUUCUACCACAGCAUUCGCAUGUUUGACUAUCCUGCUUACUAACGGCAGUCAUUCCGUUAGUAUUUAGAGAACUUGUUGUUGUUGUUUUUUUCUCCUGAAGAGUCUCUUCCUCCUCUUAUCUCGUCAUUCAUCCUUCAUCUUCCUCUCCUUUGUGUUCUCUGGAGAAGGAGGAGCUCAGGACCAAAAAGAAGAUAUUGACUUGUUUUUUUGGGGGUAAAAACAGCCCUUUUGAUUUGUUGACUCCAUCCUCUACAUGGAACCACUCUGAACCAAUCAGAACCCCACCGCCAGCCAGCAAUGGACUGCACGGCGGCUAUUCUGAAAGCGUGUGCCCGCUCCAGGACCAAGUGGUGUCGGCAUGAGCGGUCUUCCGUCCGUCGACCGGGGAGACCGGCGGGCGGCUGCGGCGGGGACGUCGUGGCGGCGAGGGUCGUCGGCCGUGCCUCUUCCCUCCUGCGGCGCUUGCUGUUUUACGCCUGCUGUUGUCUGUCCCACGAGGACGUCCCUGACCGAUGUCGGGAACGGUACGAUCGUCCCGGUGGUGCACAGAGAGGAAGAAGAAGUGAGGAAGAAGGUGAGGAGCAGGAAUUGGGACCCCCACCCUCAGUGGACGAGGCGGCUGAUGCUCUGAUGACCAGACUGGGCUUCCUGCUGGGGGAAAAGAUAGUCGGCGGAGAGCCGGGGUCCUCUUACCACGCCCGGGAUGAUGAACAGAGGAUCUCUCCUUCCUCCAGUCUGGCCAGUAGCAGCACCUCCCCUUGCUCCACACUGCAGCCUCCUGCAGGAGGGGAGGGAAACAACAACGACAAGCACGCCUCCCCCAACCACGCCUCUGUUACCUCCCCCACCUCAACACUGGAGAGCAGAGACAGCGGCAUCAUAGCCACGUUGACCAGCUAUUCUGCUGAGUCGGCAGCAGAGCGGGACGACAGCUGCAAGUACCCUGUGGACAGUUACCGCGGCAGCAGCCUGAAUCUCUGGCAGCAAGGGGGCCGACCGGUGGUGGCCUCCAACUCCUCUUCCUGUAUGGUAGCAGGAGGAAGCGCAAAUGACGGCUUCCUGUACAGGGUGGAGGACAUCAUGGCCGCCUCCACUUACAGCCUCAACAAACUCCACCCAGACCGAGGCCCUGGCUCCGCCCGCUCGUCAGGCUCCACCCACUCCAUCCCGCUCUACCUCAUGCCCCGCCCUAAUUCAGUUGCUGCCACCAGUUCUGCCCACCUUGAAGAUCUAGCCUAUCUGGAUGAGCAGCAGAGACACGUCCCUUCAAGGACGUCCCUCAGAAUGCCCAGGCAGAAUUCUGGGAGUCGUAGUCAACAGGACCACAGAGUUUGUUUCACUCCCUCCCUCAACCUGAAGCCCCUCCACUUUGAGGUUCCGGGUCUCUCGUCUGAUUGGCUGUUCACCGGCAGGGAGUGGCUCUUCCAAGAAGUGGAUGCUUGUCUCCGCAGUGGCAACCCGGCAACCAGUCGGGGCGUGGUGAUCGUCGGCAACAUGGGCUUCGGCAAAACGGCUAUCGUCGCCCGUCUGGUGGCGCUCAGUUGUCAUGGAAACUGCAUGUCGCCAACCGCCACCAGCAAACAGACCGCAGUUAAACAUGCAGAGGCCGUUUCUUUCUCCCACGACUCUCUGGGAAGAGGAGGAGGGGGAGACGAAGGAAGCUGUCCGGGGACUCCAGAAAUGAGGAGGAGACAAGAGGAGGCGCUGAGAAGACUUGCAGCACAGGUAGUCGCAUAUCAUUUCUGUCAAGCUGAUAACUGUCACACCUGCCUGGUCCCGGAGUUCGUCCACAACAUGGCGGCGAUGCUCAGUGACGCCCCCCAGCUGUCGGCCUAUCGGGAGCUGCUGCACCGCACGCCACAGCUACAGAGCACGCUCAGUCUGCGCUCCUGCAUCCAGGAUCCGAGCUCCGCCCUCCAGAGAGGAAUACUAGAACCACUGGACGCUCUCUACAGAGAGAGGAAGUUGCACGUGGAUGGGGCAGGGCUUAUUAUACUGAUUGAUGGGCUGAAUGAGGCAGAGUUCCACCGGCCGGACUACGGCGACGCACUGACUUCAUUCCUUUCCCGAAACGUCCAGAAAUUUCCUUCCUGGUUGAAGGUCAUAACCACUGUCAGGACCGGUCAGCAGGACAUCGCUCGUUCUCUACCUUUUCACUGCAUCUCUCUGGACAGGAUGGAGGAGAACAACGCCAUAGACCAGGACCUGCAGGGUUACCUGAUGCAGCGUAUCCACAGCAGUGCAGAGAUCCAGAGCAACGUGUCACUGAGCAAUGGUCGCCUCGACAACACGGCGCUGGCCAAGCUCAUCGGCCACCUGAAGAGCCUGAGCAAGGGCUCGUACCUCUACCUGAAACUGACCCUGGAUCUGAUAGAGGGGGGAUACCUGGUCCUAAAGAGUUCCAGCUUCAAGGUGGUCCCCGUGAGUCUAGCAGAAGUCUACCUGCUACAGCUCAACAUGCGGUUUCCCACCCAGUCGUCUUUUCAGAGAGUUCUGCCGCUGCUCAACGUUAAUGUGGCGUCGCUGCACCCACUGACCGACCAGCAGCUGUUUGAGGUGGUGAACGCGGGUGCUCUGACCGGAGGGACGCUGCACUGGGGGGAGUUUACACACCGUCUGGAGCAGCUCUCCUCCUUCCUGCUGCGGCGGAGCGACGGCAGCAGGAUGCUGAACCACGCCUCCUUCAGGGAGUGGCUGAUGUGGAGAGAGGAGGGUCAGGAAGACAGGUUCCUCUGCGACCCCAGGAGCGGUCACACUCUCCUGGCCUUCUGGCUCUGCCGGCAAGAAGGAAAGUUGAACCGACAGGAGACGCUGGAGCUAGGACAUCACAUCCUGAAGGCUCACAUCUACAAGGGUCUGAGUAAGAAGCUUGGGGUUUCCUCCUCAGUUCUGCAGGGGCUGUGGCUGUCCUACAGCACGGAGAGCCUGAGCCCUGCUCUCUCAUCGCUGCGCAACCUUUACACCCCCAACAUCAAGGUGAGCAGGUUGCUGAUUAUGGGGGGGGCUGAUGUGGAUUUCCGUAGCGAUGUCCUCAACAACGCCCCCCUGCUGUGUGUCCACGCUCACCUGGGCCACAGCGAUGCUGUGGCGCUGCUGCUCGACCUCGGAGCUCAGGUGGAUGCUCAGUCACAGGACCGUUUGACCGCACUGGGAUUCGCUGCAGCGGCUGGACAUCUGGACAUCGUCAGCAUGCUGAGUCAGCACAAAGCUAAGGCGGGCCACGUGGACAGCUCGGGCCGGUGCGUGCUGGUGCACGCGGCUCAGCGAGGCCGCCUCGAGGUGCUGCGCUUCCUGCUGAGGCGCGUGGACUGGAGCUGCGCGAGCCGGUGCCAGGCGGUGCAGCAGGCUCUGAUCGCGGCGGCUAGCACGGGCCACGCCGAGAUCGUGUCGUACCUCCUGGAUCUUCCGGAGGAAGACGAGGAAGAGGAGGAGAGACCUGAGAUCAACACACCCGACAGUCUGUGGGGAGAGACAGCUCUGACGGCAGCGGCAGGAAGCGGCAGGCUGGCUGUCUGCCGGUUGUUGUUGGAUCAGGGGGCUGCCAUUGAGCAAUGCAACAGGCGGGGUAUGGCUCCCCUCUUCAGCGCUGUGAGACGUGGCCACUUGCAGGUGGUGGAGCUCUUAUUGAGUCACGGGGUGGAGGUGAACAUGGUGGACCAGCAGGGUAGAACAGCCCUGAUGACGGCAGCCUCGGAGGGACAUAUGAACACAGCCCAGCUGCUACUGGAUCAUGGAGCCUCUCUCGACCAGACUGACAGGGAAGGCUUAACUCCGCUGAGCUGGGCGUGUCUGAAAGGCCAGCUCCCAUUGGUCAGAGAGCUGGUGGAGCGAGGUGCAGCCACAACCCACGUCGACCGCAGUGGACGGACACCUCUGGAUCUGGCUGCGUUCCGUGGUGACCCAGAAGUGGUGCAGCACCUGGUGGAUCACGGUGCGUCGGUGGAGCAUGUGGACUGCAGCGGGAUGCGUCCUCUCGACCGGGCGGUCGGCUGCAGAAACACUUCGGCAGUCAUCGCUCUGCUCAAAAAGGGAGCCAAGAUAGGACCAGCCACCUGGGCCAUGGCAACCUCUAAACCAGACAUCUUAAUGGUUCUGCUCAGUAAACUGAUCCAAGAGGGAGACCGACUGUACAAGCAAGGUAAAGUGAGGGAAGCUGCUCACUCCUAUCAGUCGGCUCUCCAGAAGUUUCCCGGGGACGAGCUGAAGUCGUCCAGACAGCUGAGGGUGUGCGUGCUGCUCAACCUGUCUCGCUGCCACCGCAAGAUGAACGAUUUUGGCCUGGCGGAGGAUUUUGCCACCAGGGCUCUCGAGCUGAAAGCUAAAUCCUACGAAGCCUUUUAUGCCCGAGCCCGCGCCAAACGUGGACACAGACAUUUCCACGCUGCCCUGGAGGACUUGAUUGAGGCCAGCCGCCUGAGCCCAUUCAACCGGGAGAUCCAGCGCCUGCUGUCCCGGGUCAAGGAUGAGUGUCGGCAGGUCGCACAGCAACAGGACUCUCCCCCUUCUUCGUCACAUCCCGUUUAUCAACAAAAUGCGGCCAUGUCCAUCAACGAGGCCAGGUGCAGAGACUCAGGUUGUCUGCAGUUGCAGGACAGGGAGGGGCUUACUGAGGAAGAGGAGGAAGAAGAAGAGGAGAGUCAAAGGGAAGGAGAUGCUCAUCGUCACCCCUCCUCCUUCCACCCUCCACCUGUGGUUCUCGACACCCACUGCCGCCCUGGCGUGCCAUCCCCCUCCUCCCUCUCCCCCACUCACCUGUAUCGUCACCUCCCGAGCCCCGCGCACUCCCCCUCCUCCUCUUCCCCCUGUCACCCUGCGCCUCCUCCUCAGUCCACCUCCUACCACCAUUUCAUCCCGCCACAGCGACCCAGCCAAAUGUCAGAAAGUAUGCCUGCGUUGUCAGGAAAUGGAGGCCUGCACUACCAUCCGCAGUCCGUCUCAGCACACCACCACUCAGACCAGAUCCAGGGGGUGCAGCAGCAGCAACACCACCACCUGUCCAAUCAAAGAUCCUUCCAAAAGCAGAUCCCCGUUCAAGGCCAGUGGCUCCAAGCAGCCCAAGUCCAGGUUGUCCGAACCAGUCAGCCCAGUUCCGCUUCCCAUUCCAGCAUGCUUUUGGGAAGUUCUCCUUACUCCCAGUUUGGCCAACUGCCACAAGAACUGGCCGAGCUGGGGGAAGGCAUUUGCCCGAGCCCCUUGGAUGUCAGGCCUAGCCUGCAGGUCCAGGCUGGUCUGAGCUCUGGAUCGUAUCCCCUGGAUGAUGUAGACGUUGACUUUGUUUGCCAGGCAAGACUUGCAUCUGCCUAUGGGAGAGAAGGAGGAGGGGAGAGGGCGGGGAUGAAUCGGUUUGGCCAGGCCCGUCACUUCAGUCGCAACCAAUCCAAAGCAGCAUACUACCCAAUAGAAGUUACCGAGGCGUCAAUGGGGACUCCUGAUAGCCUUCCACUAUCGCACGAUUACCAAUACCACCAUCAGGGGGGACUACAACGCCCGCUCAGUGCCCACCCAACCUCCUCCCCCGCUCUUCCCCCAAGGCCUCUUGUCCAUUCCCAGAGUAUCAGCGUCCGCUUCUCCACCAGCAGCGGCAGCCUUGCUGGCGGGCAGCCCGCCAAUCACGGCCCAAGCUUCAGGACGUCAGCCUCGGUCCAGCACAUGGAAGCACCAGCAAAUCUGGCCUCCGUGGGAGGGGUUACUGGCUACCACGACGACCUCUUUCUGAUCUCCUCUCCCCAGUCAGAAACAUACAUGGCCGGAGGCGGGACUUAUCCCGGAGAGGCAGGCCGGUCAUCGAGGAACACUCCUUUUAUGGGCGUCAGCGACAGGACCGCGAGGGGCCACCAGCAGUAUCAACAACAAGCUCCCUCCAGCUCUGCGUCCUGCCUCAGCCCUUCUCGCUCCUGGGCCGUGUCUUCAGUGGACACAGUCGUCACCUCGCCCAGCAAAACCCCCACCAGUCAAGGAGGCUUCGGUCCACCCCAGCCAUCCUCCAUCGCCUACCACAACCGCAGCAACAACAACGCCCACAACGACAACCAGCCGGACUACUAUCCUCAGGGUGAACGUUCAGUGCAAGUUGCCAGUCAGAACCCCUCCUACCUGGAUGUGAAGCUGGCCAGAACGCUGCCGGUGAUCCACAGCUGCUCGGACAGACCAAGUGACAGAAAGCCGGGACCCACCUCUCCUGUCAAACCAAAAAGACCCUUUGUAGAGUCCAAUGUGUAGAGAAAGGUUUAAACGUUAAGUAAAGACAAGGGAGGAGGGUUAAUAAAGUGGUUAAAAAGAAAUGAGUGCACUCAUAUAUUCCAGUAGUCACCGGGGCUAUUGAAUUAUUAAGAUCGGGCUACGCUUGAAUGAAGCAGUUUGUACCACAUGCAGUUCAUAUGAAAGUCAGAGGGGAAAAGCGCAAUAAACAGCACACACUCUCCUUGAAGGAAGUCCCGGUGUUUUGGUUUGCAUGCCCUCAUACACACAAAAUGUGACUGAAGGAAAAGGUAGCUUGAGAUAGAAUUUCAAAUCCUGCGUACGUUUUCACUUCCGCACACCUGGCCAAUGGCCGCGCUAAGAUUGUCAGCAGACGUACUGACUCCUUUAUUGUUCAGGAGAGUUAAGAGGAAAGCAGAAGUUAAACAUACAUGUUUGAUAAGGAACAUAUCGCAAGGACAAAGGGAGUAAGGGAAGGACGAGAGUGCUCUUGCCAUUACAAAGCACAAUAGGGGAAGAGGAAGAUUUGGGAGAAUUUAGAAGUAAACUCAAAAAAAGACAGGAAGCACAAAAAUAAAAACUUUCCCUCCCUCUGUGUACAUCUCUGGCUUACAGUAUAUUUCAAAACUGAAGUCUCUGAAUUGCCCUCACUGCACUAGAGGUGCGGAUACUCUACUCUAGACACAAAUCCACCGUUACCACCUUUUGUCUGCUGCGUAAAUGAAGCGCUAACAUGGAAAUGACUCAACACUUUAAAACUCGUGCCACUGAGGUUCCGGCCCCAAGCCAUAGUUUGAGAAACUAGAAUGAUGCUGUCGUUGCAUAAGCACUGGCUUGCUGUAUAUAAAACAAAAACUAAGUGAUAUUUAUCUUUUUUAAGUUAUAUCUGUAUUAAGCUGUACAAAUAUUGUUUCUCUAACUGUAUAUUCCUUUUGGAUUUUAUAUGUUCAUUUUGAGGGUCUUUCACAGAACAUUUCAAAGAGAUAAAAAAUAAAAAGCAAAGUCAGUUCAACUUUGCUCAGUUUUGGGUUUACAUGUUUUCCAAUAAAAAUCCUGUAAAAAAAAAAAAAUCCUUUUUAAGGUUAUUGAAUUUUUUUCAGUUAUUUUAGUUUUUUUGUAUUAUGUAGUCAUAAAGGUCCUUUAUGCAAACUACAAGGAUCCCAACUAAUACAACACGUUGACUCGGUUGGCUCCUUCUACUGUCUGUAACUCAAUAAACUCACCUUUGGUUUUAACCCCUCCCCCAAAACAGUGAUUGUCCAAUCAGAGUUCAGCAACUGUUGCUAGGCACAGCAAAGCUCUGGAUGUGUGUGUUCUGUUGAAGUGCUGCUGGAGAAUCCAUACUUUAACAGUGCGUCUGUCAGUUGUGACAUCAUGCCAGGCUAACUACCACUGCAGUAGCGUUACGUCCUCGACCAAGCAGCAUUUUAUAACUACAUCAGUUUGUAGAGUUAAAACUAAACCAAAUGCCUAGUUUUUUUAGCACCAUAUCACGUAUGCAGCAGUUUAGUGCAGAUUUACCAUCGCUUUUGCAAGAGUCUCGUUUUAGAAAGAUUUCGCUGGUAAAAGGUGUGAUGGAGUUAAUGUUUGCUUGAUUGAGACACUUUGAGGCACAAUGCGGCGCCACUGCGCUCUGCAUCACAUUCUUUCUAAUGGCUUGCGUCGCGCCACGGCGGCUUCUAGCUGCAUUGAGCAAAAUAAGGGUUUUACUUUAAGUCUGAGUUUGUAUCGAGACCUUUGUCGGUAAAGCCCCGAAACACAUUUACAACCGAUUCGGCGUAUCAGUUGUGCUUAGCAGGGCUAGCGCUAGCGCAUGCUUCUUAGCGUGGGACCAAUGCAUUAUCGUUGCUGGCGACAACAAAGUAAAAGUUUUUAAAAAAUAAAUUACGCUCCGUACUCCACGACUUCCGCGAACACGUUGUCAGAUGUGCGUGGACCCCCAGUGGCGAGCGCAGCGCAAAUCCCGUUGUGACUCAAAGGGCCUUUAGCUAGCUGCAGCUAAUGCACGCUCUCAUGUUCAGAUGGCAAAUGCAACGGUUGUGGGAUAGAAAUAAGAAAACCGCAUUUAUCUACCUCUGCAAUCAAAGACCCAUCGUUACAAAUAUUACAAACUUAUUCAAGUGGUUAAUAUGUGUGAGAAUGGAAAGAUGACGUCUGUCUGUACCAAGGGGAGGAGGUUAGCUAACAAUUUACAGGGGCCAGUUUUUGAGUCUGGGUUCGACAAAGAUGGAAAUUCAGAAAGAGGGAUGAAGCUUUCUUUUUUUAUUUUAAUGUAUUUGAUGCACAUGAAUGCCUGUUUUUGUACAUUUUCUUUUUAUGUUUCUAAUGACUCAGCAGCUUGGUUUCAGAGUUGCUGAUGAAGACCUUGACAUCUGGCUGUGAGCUGCCUUUAUUCUGCUCAGGGGCCUCCAGCUGUGAGAGGAUGUGGAAACUGCUGGCUGUGGCAUCUAACCCUGGCUAUAGUUAGAGAGAAAUUAGAUGUUAAAAAAUAGUUACAAAUUUUAAAUCAAUACAGUGUGGUAAACGGCUCGUCAUAGUGCUUGAUUUGCCCGAUGACAGCUGUGUUUUCUCACAAUAAAACAAUGUGUUGUGCUUUACAUGUAGAAUGUAACCCCUCGACCUGCUGAUGGGCCCCGGUGUGGUCCCUGCUAGCUGGUUCACUGGGGGCUUUUUUUCACUGUGUAAAAUAAGUUCAUAUUUAAAACCCAGCACGGUUACAGCAACAGGAACAUGAUUUUUAAACAUUUAAAACGAUAGGAAUGUGUCAGCUCAUGUGAACAUUACAAAGAGGAAUA